CCCUAUAAAAACCAGAAACGAUAGUAAUAUCUAUCAGUUUGUUGUUUGAUUCUGACGAACUAAGUAUCUAAAGUGAAACUAAAAUGCAAUUCGUACUAGUAUUACUGCUAUCGGCUUCAGUCUUUGCCGAAACCAAAAGGCUAACCGUGGAAGAAGCAGUGGCCAGGGUCAACAAAAUGCCAGCUGCGUUGGAGAGUAUGAUGGCCAAUAAAUCGAGUAGUGUCAAUAUUCUAAACUCACAGAACGAAAGCGAGGAUAGAACUAGAAUCGUUGGAGGCACUGUGGCUGCUAUUUGGGAUUAUCCGUACCAGGUCGCGCUACUGUACCGAUCUCAACAGAUUUGUGGUGGAUCGAUUAUUGGUCGUUCAUGGGUUCUCACGGCAGCUCAUUGCCUCGAUUUUUAUCCAGCGGAUGCUGAUGUAACAAUUCGUUCUGGUAGUUCGUCACGGUCGAGCGGAGGACUCGUACAUGCCAUCGAUCACUACAAUAUCCAUGAGCUGUAUGAUCCAGAAGAAAUUAUAUUCGAUGCUGCAACUAUUCGCGUUAAAUUGCCAUUUAUUGGACUCUCACGAGCCAUUAUUCCGUUGGCACGGGCAGAAUGGGUCGAAGGAAAGGAUGUAGUAGUCACCGGUUGGGGCUUGAACGCUUUCGGACAAACUGUGGACAAAUUGUUGAAGGUGGCAUUGCCGGUUGUCAAUCGCAAUGAUUGUAACGAGUUGUGGUUCGGAAUGGUGUCGGCUGACAAUAUUUGCGCCGGCAAAAAGGAUCACAACCCAUGCAAUGGAGAUAGCGGUGGACCAGCCGUACAGGAUGGUGUACAGCACGGUAUUGUGUCCUGGGGAUCGCGCUAUUGUGCAGCUGGAAUGCCUUCAGUCUAUACAAACCUAGCCCACCCGUUGAUUAGGAAAUUUAUCGUUGAAACGGCUCGUGUUUCGUCACGGUCAAGAGGAGGAAUCGUUCAUUCCAUAAACUAUUACCGCAUCCAUGAGCUGUACGAUCCGGAUGUUUUAUCACACGAUGUGGCCACUGUUCGAGUGAAAUUACCAUUUAUUGGAUUUUCACAAGCCAUCAUCCCAUUGGCAAGUUCGGAAUGGGUCGAAGGAGCGGAUGUGAUAGUCACUGGCUGGGGUUUGAAUGCUGUAGGUGAAACUGUGGAUAAAUUGUUGAAGGUGGCAUUACCAGUUGUUAAUCGGGCUGAUUGCAUCGGUCUGUGGGGCGAAUCGGUGAAAGAUGAUAUGCUUUGCGCUGGUAAAGAAAACAAUAACCCAUGCAAAGGCGAUAGUGGCGGACCAGCCGUACAAGGAGAUGUACAGUAUGGGAUUGUGUCCUGGGGAUCGUACUAUUGUGGAGGUGGACUGCCUUCAGUAUAUACGUACGUAGCCCAUCCGUCAAUUCGGAAAUUUAUUCGAGAUACGGCAGGUUCCUCAUUUGGUCGUCCGGAACUAAUCAGGAUGAAGGUGUUUGUGGUGUUAGCUUUGUGCCUGGUGGCAGUGUCUGCCGGUCCAGAAGAGGACCUUUGGUUGCAAUACAACAAACGUAUGCCGGGUCCGUACUACACAAUGGAACCGAUCGAGCGACCUCCGGUCAAUGGUCGUAUUGUUGGAGGUGUCGAUGCGGAAAUCGAAAAUUUCCCGUACCAGCUGUCGCUGCGUCGUUCCGGAUCUCACAGCUGUGGUGCGUCAGUUCUCAACGAUCGAUGGGCUCUGUCGGCUGCUCAUUGCACUUAUCCCACUCCUGAUUUGGACAUCAUAACAUUACGUGCAGGUUCCAGCGAUCGUUUGGAGGGCGGUACUCUGUUCAGUGUUGAUCAGAUCGUAAAUCACCCGGACUACGAUGAUUGGAAUUUGAGAAAUGAUGUUUCACUGUUGCACAGUACUGCUGACUUCCAAGGUGCUAACAUUGCUCCGAUUACCCUGGUUCCAGCGGAAACCGAUUACCCAGCAGGUACCCGCGCUGUUCUGUCUGGAUGGGGUCUGACGAGUGUACCCGGCUCUCUACCGGUCAUACUGCAGAUGGUUGAUAUUCCUGUUGUUGGCCAGGACAGUUGUGAAGCAGGAUGGCCCAGUGGAUGGGUUUCUGAUGAUAUGAUAUGUGCUAGUGAACCGGGUCGUGAUGCUUGCAACGGUGACAGUGGCGGUCCGCUUGUUACUGGAGGUCGCCAGAUCGGUAUUGUAUCCUGGGGUGCCAGUAACUGCCUAGGCAAUGAACCAGGCGUUUAUGCUCGCGUUGCUUUCCCGCUCAUUCGUAACUGGAUUACAGAAGUUGCUGGAGUGUGAUAAUCGACUUUAUUAGCACUUUCAGUUUAAUCGUUAUUUUUGCGUUGUAGCUGUUUUCACACUUGUGUUAUUUAUGAUUUGUUUGAAGAAUAGACAUUCGCUUGGUAUUUCGUGAGAA